CCCGGGGCGGCUGGAGGCGCGGAGACCUGGGCGCCCCAGCCCCGACAGCCCGCCCGAGGAGUCCCAUGGCCGAGCAGGUGGCCCUGGUCAUUGGGGGCCUCGCUGGGGGGCUGCUGCCACUCCUGCUGCUCAUCUGGGUGAGCUGCUGUCUCUGGAAGAAGCUUCGUGCCACGUUCACCUAUGAGGAGCUGCCGGGGAGCACCGCUGCCUCCGGCAUUCAGUGGGGCAAGCUCUACCCACCACAUGCCGGGACCCAUCCAAGCAGGCCCACAGGUGUGCCAUUCGUGGUGCCCCCUUCCCUCCAAGACCGAGACUGGGUACCCCUACACCGUGGAGAGUGGGCCCAGGCCCCACGGGACCCCUGCCUCGCCCCGGAGCCCAUGCCCCACACCUCCAGCGGCAGCUUUGGAAAUACAGGCAUGAUGGGGACCAUCAACCCAGAGCUAUACAAGUUCCUGGAGGACAAGAGUGAGACUGACUUCCCCGAGGGCUGCCUGGGGCGGCUGUGGUUCUCCGUGGAAUACCAGCAGGAAGCUGAGCGGCUGCUGGUGGGCUUGAUCAAGGCACAAAGGCUGCAAGCCCCCUCGGAGACCUGCAACCCCCUGGUGAAGCUCCAUCUGCUGCCCGAUGAGCGGCGCUUCCUCCAGUCCAAGACCAAACGCAAAACCUCCAACCCACAGUUUGACGAGCACUUCAUCUUCCAGGUGUCCAGCAAGAGCAUCACACAGAGGGUACUCAGGUUCUCCGUGUACCACGUGGACAGGCAGAGGAAGCACCAGCUCCUGGGCCAGGUGUUCUUCCCCCUGAGAAAUGAGACUCUGGCAGGUGACUGCCCGUGCGUCGUCUGGAGAGACCUGGAGGCCGAGAGCAGGGAGCCUCCCUCCGAGUUUGGAGACCUGCAGUUCUGUCUCAGCUACAAUGACUGCCUGUGUCGCCUGACCGUGGUUGUACUGCGAGCCAAGGGCCUCCGGCUCCAGGAGGACCCGAGUUUCGUCAGUGUGUUUGUCAAAGUGUCUCUGAUGAACCACAACAAGUUUGUCAAGUGCAAGAAGACUUCAGCUGUGCUGGGCUCCGCCAACCCCGUGUACAGCGAGACUUUCAGCUUCAGGGCCAACCCCGCGGAGCUGGACACGGCCAGCCUCAGCCUGACAGUGGUGCAGAGCGCCAGAGGGGAGAACAGCCACCAGCUGGGCCGGGUUGUGGUGGGCCCCUACAUGUACACCAGAGGCAGACAGCUGGAGCACUGGAAUGAGAUGCUCAGCAAGCCCAAGGAGCUGGUGAAGCGCUGGCAUGCACUCUGUCCAACCCCUGAGCCCUGACUCGGCUGGGACCUCCGAUCUGCCUCCAGAGUUUGCCCUCUCCCACGGCAGCCACAGGCCUGGACACUCUGGCCAGCAUCCCACUGGGCUGCCAGGCCAGCCUGAGCCGGGGCAGCGUGCAUGCUGAUGUGCAGGAGAGAAGAGGGGACGAGAGAGCUCCAGCCAGGUCAGCAGCAUGGCUGGCUGCCACCUGCCAGCCUCCAAGACCCUCCCGACUCACUCAUCCUCCUCCACCUGUGGGGCUGCCUGGGCUGCAAAUCCCAACCCCUGGUCAGCACAGUCUCCGGCUGGACUGGAAUCUCAGGCUUCAGUGAUAGCAUAGCUGUGUGUGCUGAGCAGAGACCCGGGCUCCACCAUCCCAGAAAGCUGACGGCAGGUCGGCGCUGGACCCGCACCACGUCUCAGCUGUGGUUUCCCUAACUUUCACCUGGCAGAGAAAACAAACUGCUCUGGGGGCAUCAUGGGGGACCAGGGGGGCCCAAAGCACUGAUUUUAGCCAGUCCACAAUAAAUAGCACAGACUGAAAAUUGGGUUGGGGUUGGGCGUGUUGGUAUGGAACAGCCCCCAGACGCCUGGCGGCACAGCAUGCCCAUGGCUCAGGAGAGAAAGCUCUCCCAGAUCGACACCCGCCGGCUUCAGGAGCUGGGAAAGAACACUGGGAGCAGUCCGCCCAGGUACUAAGGGGUGGACAGGUUCUCGGCUUCCGCUCCCUGUGCUAGGUGGGGAGGCCCUCACCUGUGUUGGGUCCCUCCCAGGGCUAUGUCACAUCCUGCCCAUGGCCCAUCCUCCCCAGAGCCCAAGCCUCAUGCCCCUGGUUUUACUGGUGUUCUACUGUUCUCUGUGGUCUCCCUGGUUGACAGUGUUCAGCUCUUGGGACUCACUUUGGGCAGGAAAUGGUGAGAGCAUGCAGCCAAAGCGCAGCGCACAGGGCCGAGAGCUUUUCCUGUAAACCUAGUGAUUUCCUUAGGGUGACUGUGUUGUGGCAGGUGUCUGUGUAAAGUUCAUUAAGUUGAGAGUUCCCACAAAUCACAGUCAUCACCUCCCCAUGACACUGUGAGCCUUCAUUGUGCUUGUCACUGUUACUUAACAGGCAGUUUGUAUUUUCACCCAAAUGCUUUUGAACUUGCAGGGUCAAUACUUUGUGACUGUAUACCUGGAACAAACUUCAAACCAGUCUCUUUUCUUAUGCAGUGAAGCAACUUCAGCAAAACAAAGUAGUGAUCAUUAUACUAGGUCUGUGCCUCUUUGACUUCACUUCUGAUCUCUGUCGAUGCGCAAAGCCAAGCUUUACCUGGCAGUGGUCCGUACAGACAGAAUAUCUUGUGUUUGCUUUUUCUCACGUAUUUCACACACACAUUCCAACAAAGCCCACGCUCCAGUCAUUUAUAAGAGCAUCAUAGCACACACAUCCUCUGUACGUUGGUCUAGCAGGCUACUAAACUGGAACUGUUUCCACGUCACCUGGGUCCCCGAGACAAGAGAUGCCAACCACCCCCACAUUUCAAGGUGACGUUCAUGGCUAUCCGUGGCCU